AUGAGCCAGCGACCUAAACAAGCUCCAACAAGCUGGGCAGCCUACGAACGUGGAAGAGCAUCUUCCUUCGACUCCCUCAACUCUGUUCCCGAGAACGAACCACAGACUAGCUUCUCCCCCAGCACUCCCCCUCGAUAUGAAUACGGCAGAGGUUCUAGCCAGGAUGACGAUGAGGAUGGUCCACGGCUGAGGAGAAAGUCCUCCUUGGGGAAGAAGUUUGAUAGCCUGCGCCAGAUGGGCGGACCGAACAGUAUUGACAACUUUGCAAAAUCCUUCCAAAGAGCUGCAGGGUUUCGCGAGAUAACACCUAUAAGGAGGAACUCGGUCACGAUCCAGGAUGGACAGGAUGAAGAAACAGGUGCUCCAAGCCAGAGCACUUCUAAGGCGCCAGAUAGAUCUCUGUUGAGACGACAACUCCAGGACUAUGAUCUCUCGUCUCAAAACGAGACCGCUGUACAAGAAGGCACAGACGCACCGACAGAGCAAUCGAGACUUCUGCCUGUGACGAGUCAGCGGUCUUUGAAAUCCACUUCGGAUUCGAUUGCCACAGACUUGAGGUUACCAAGUGUGUUGGGAACCAGUUACGGGAGUAUUUCCUCGCGGCUCACCGUCACAGCGCGGCAGCGAGCUUCCAUUCUGAUCCAAGCGCAGGAGGAAGCAAGCAAAAGGGCACUUCAACAUCCUGAAGAGUUUCAAGAUGAGCCACAGCGAUUCCUGGAGCGAGAAGUACUUCCCGACGGUGAAGUUAUUGAGCGCACGGUUGGGGAGUCUACUGUACCCAUGACCAUCUUCAACUCGAUCAAUGUUCUCAUUGGUGUCGGCAUACUCGCACUGCCACUUGGUAUCAGAUAUGCUGGUUGGGUUCUUGGGUUGAUAUUCCUCACGCUAGCUGCCCUCUCAACGUGCUACACAGCCAAGCUACUGGCAAAAUGCCUGGACACGAAUUCCGCGUCGACCACGUACGGAGACAUUGCAUUUCUGGCUCUGGGGUCUUGGGGUAGGAACUUCGUGGAGGCAUUGUUCAUCCUCGAGUUGACAGCCGCCAACGUAGCACUGGUCAUCCUGUUUGGGGACAGCAUGAACUCGUUGUUCCCGGCCAUUGGCGUCACCGACUGGAAGAUCAUCAUCUCACUGGGUCUGAUACCGCUCAAUUUUGUCCCCUUCAAGAUGUUGAGCAUCAGCAGUGUCAUUGGUAUCUUCUGCUGCUUUGGCAUUAUCGCCAUUGUGUUCGCAGAUGGGUUGAUCAAGCCCCACGCUCCUGGCUCCCUACGGGAGGUCGCCAAAACCUACGCCUUUCCCGAGAACUGGCGGACAAUACCACUGAGUCUAGGUCUAUUCAUGGCACCGUGGGGUGGACACAGCGUUUUUCCCGCCGUGUACAAAGACAUGCGUCAUCCGCAUAAAUACGGCCGUGCUUUGCGAUAUACCUACUUUUUCACCUACGGGCUUGAUCUGUCGAUGGCUGUGCUGGGUUAUCUGAUGUUUGGCGACGGGGUGCGAGACGAAGUCACCUCCAACAUUUUGCGUUCGACAGCGUACCCUCACGCGCUAUCAGCCAUCAUCGUUGUCCUAAUUGGCAUCAUCCCCAUCACAAAGAUUCCGCUUUCGAAUCGUCCGAUGAUGGACACUUUGAACAAGAAGUUCUAUAUCGAUUUGAGGCAAAUGGACCCCAAAGCACGAAUGCACAGCGAGAAGAGCUUGAAGCAUCGUGCUGCACGUGGCGUUAUCGGAAUCCUUACCAACCUGUUGCAGCUUGGGAUCGCCAUCGGAUUCCCCGACUUUGACAGCAUCAUGGCCUUGAUGGGUUCGGGGUUAUGUUUCACCAUCUGCAUCAUUCUCCCCGUCAGCUUCUAUUUGAAAAUCUUCAAUGCUGAGUCCGCCGUCGAUACAAUCGAGAGGGUCCUGGGUUGGAUUCUAGUCGCAGUCUGCGUUGUCCUAGCGGUGCUGGGGACAGUCUUUGCCAUUUUGCCAAAAGAAAAGAUUGGGAUCUCCAGUUGA